AUGUUUGAGGUGGCGUCUGCUAAUUUAUUGAUAUCAAUUGCGAUUAUAGACCGAGUGAAGAUGAGAUUAAUGUAUUGGUUUGCAGAAAGUUCCGUAAAUCGGAAGAGAAGAUUCAGAACUAGUGAAGUAGACAAAUUUGGUACGAUGAAGCUCGGUGCUCGGCUAAUUGCUCCCGUCAUAAUACUUCUUCUUUCUCUAACAACUGAAUUAACGAAAGCGGAAGUCAUUACACUGACCCCAGAAACCUUUUCUGACAAGGUAAAGGAGAAGGAUACAGCGUGGUUUGUUAAAUUUUGUGUUCCUUGGUGUAAGCACUGCAAGAAAUUGGGGAAUCUCUGGGAAGAAUUGGGAAAUGCAAUGGAAGGAGACGAUGAAAUUGAGAUUGGUGAAGUAGAUUGUGGUACUAGCAGAGCUGUUUGCACCAAAGUUGAGAUUCACUCAUAUCCAACUUUUAAGCUCUUUUACAAUGGAGAAGAAGUCUCAAAAUAUCAAGGAAAAAGAGACGUUGAAUCGCUAAAGGCGUUUGUUGUAGAGGAAACUGAAAAGGCAGCAGAAAAAGCACAGCUUGAAGACAAGGAACUGUGA